AUGCCUUUGAAGGGUGUUUUUGAGGCUAGCAGGAAGCCUUUCAGAGAAACACAAAAGCUGGUUUGCUCAGAACUCGUGAAACGGCCAGCAAUGACGAUGGCCUUUGAUUUCUUGGCCAAAAGCUCCAUCUUCUUGGGCCAGGCUCUGAUGUUGAUACGGCACGCUGACACAAGGAGAUCUCUGCUGGCACUAGCCAAAAAAGCCACAGGUUCAGCUGGGAACCCAAACGUUGAGGAGCAGCGGUGGGGUGAGCGUCCCUCCACCCCCUGCCCGUGGAGGGCAGGCACAGUGCUGUCCUUCCUUCCAGGCUCCUCAAGAGGCUUCUGCAAGGCUCGCCGCAAUCAACUGAGAGGUGGACCCAAAGAGCUUGGUCCGAGCUUUGCCAAGAUGUUUGCAGUAUGGAUCACUAUUAUUUUUCUUCUCAAUGCAGCCAGAGGGAGGGAAGUUUGCUAUGAAAGGCUUGGAUGCUUUACAGAUAGCCCCCCUUGGUCUGGCAUCCCAGAGAGACAACUGGCAGGCUUGCCCAGCUCUCCAGAAGAUGUGAACACCAAUUUCCUUCUUUACACUAGAGACAACAUCAUGAAACAUCAAAAAAUUUCUGCUACAAACUCUUCAACGAUCAAAGCUUCAAAUUUCCGAACACACAGGAGAACUCGCUUCAUUAUACAUGGCCAUCUUGCUGGAGGAGACCUCCCCUGGAUAACAAAUAUGUGCAGGUUCAUGUUUCACACUGAAGACGUGAACUGCAUUUUGACUGAAUGGACAGGCGGCUCCAGCGGUUUGUACACCGACGCGGUUAACAACGUCCGCAUUGUGGGGGCUGAGCUGGUAUAUCUGGUGAACCUCCUUGAGAAAGACUAUGGCUACUCUCCUGCCAACAUUCACUUCAUCGGCCACAGUCUUGGAGCACAUGCUGCAGGAGAGGCAGGGAGAAGGAAACCUGGCAUCGGAAGAAUAACAGGUUUGGAUCCGGCUGGGCCCCUUUUCCAGUAUACUCCCACUACAGUUAGGCUGGAUCCUUCAGACGCAGAAUUUGUUGAUAUAAUUCAUACCCAUGCUGGUCAUCUUUUCUUUGACUUUGCUCCAGGGAUUCUUCAGACUUGUGGACACCUGGAUUUUUAUCCAAAUGGUGGGAAGAAGAUGCCAGGAUGCAAGCAGCUUCGUGUACCUCCCGCAACUCGGAAUAUCAAUGACCUUAUGAGAGCAUACAGAUCUAUUGGAUGUGGACAUAAAAGAAGUCUCCGGUAUUAUGCUGAGAGUAUUAUCACUCCAAAUGGAUUUGUUGGGUAUCGGUGCGAAACAUACCGAGAUUUUGUAUUGGGACACUGCUUCCCAUGUCCGAAGGAAGGAUGCCCACUGAUGGGUCAUUACGCUGAUAAGUUUUUACAUAAAACUGAAAAAGAAGAGCAAAAGGUUUAUUUAAACACAGGGCCCUCCCGCCCGUAUGCUCGCUGGCGAAAAGAGAUACACGUCCGAGUGUCUGCAACAGAAAACAUGAAAGGAAAUAUAGAUGUAGCCUUGACUGGAACUAAUGGGAUCAGGAAAAAAUAUACAAUUGACAA